CCCGACGUUUCAGCCACAAGGUCCAAGCUGUCGUCCACAUUUACUUCCUUGACAAGCAGACUUCGUCAACUCCAAUCUCACCUCCUCGAUCCCUUCAAGAUGACGCAGGCUGUCGCUGACAUCGGCCUCAUCGGCCUGGCCGUCAUGGGUCAGAACCUGAUCCUCAACAUGAACGACAAGGGCUUCACCGUCUGCGCCUACAACCGAACGACGAGCAAGGUCGACGACUUCCUCAACAACGAGGCCAAGGGAACCAACGUCGUCGGCGCCCACUCGGUCGAGGAGUUCGUCGCCAAGCUCAAGCGGCCCCGCAAGAUGAUCAUUCUUGUCAAGGCCGGCGCUGCCGUCGAUGCCUUCAUCGACCAGCUCGUUCCUCACCUUGAGAAGGGCGACAUCAUCAUCGACGGCGGCAACUCGCACUACCCCGACUCGAUCCGCCGCACUAAGGCUCUCGAGGAGAAGGGACUCCUCUUCGUCGGUGCCGGUGUCUCGGGUGGUGAAGAGGGCGCCCGCCACGGCCCUUCGAUCAUGCCCGGUGGCUCCGACGCCGCCUGGCCCUCGCUCAAGGAGAUCUUCCAGAAGACGGCUGCCCAGUCUGACGGCGAGCCCUGCUGUGACUGGGUCGGCCAGACCGGUGCCGGCCACUACGUCAAGAUGGUGCACAACGGCAUCGAGUACGGUGACAUGCAGCUGAUCUGCGAGGCCUACGACAUUCUCCGACGCGGCCUUGGCCUCAACGUCACUGAGAUCGCCGACAUCUUCGAGAAGUGGAACAAGGGUGUCCUCGACUCGUUCCUCAUCGAGAUUACUGCCACCAUCCUCCGCUACAACGACAAGGACGGCGAGCCCAUGCUCGACAAGAUCCUCGACUCGGCCGGCCAGAAGGGUACCGGCAAGUGGACUGCAAUCAACGCCCUCGACCUGGGCCAGCCAGUCACGCUCAUUGGCGAGGCCGUCUUUGCCCGAUGCCUCUCGUCGCUCAAGGAGGAGCGUACCCGCGCCAGCAAGAUUCUCCAGGGUCCCCAGAUCAAGCCCUUUGAGGGCAACAAGGAGCAGUUCAUUGCCGACCUGGAGCAGGCUCUGUAUGCGUCCAAGAUUGUCUCGUACGCCCAGGGCUUCAUGCUCAUGCGCGAGGCCGCCAAGGAGUACAACUGGACGCUCAACAACCCGUCGAUUGCCCUCAUGUGGCGCGGUGGCUGCAUCAUCCGCUCCGUCUUCCUCAAGGACAUUACCAACGCGUUCCGCAAGAACCCCACGCUGGAGAACCUCCUGUUCGACGACUUCUUCAACAAGGCCAUCCACGACGCCCAGGAGGGCUGGAGGCGUGUCGUGGCCCAGGCCAUGCUCUGGGGUAUCCCCACCCCGGCCUUCUCGACGGCCCUGUCGUUCUUUGACGGCUACCGCACCGAGCGCCUGCCCGCCAAUCUGCUCCAGGCCCAGCGAGAUCUCUUUGGCGCCCACACCUUCCGUGUCCUGCCCGGAAAGGAGAACGACUUCCUCAAGCCCAACUCGGACAUCCACGUCAACUGGACUGGCCGUGGCGGCAACGUUUCGGCCUCGACCUACCAGGCCUAAGGCCCCCCGUCGAAGGCUGUCACUCAAAGCUUGCCCACUGGAAGAGCGUCGCCACAAAGUAAAAACGGAGGAAAAGAGGAACUGUCGUGUCUUUUUGUUUCCCUUUCUAGAUCAUUGUAGCUCCUUUUCCUCAUCGAUGGAAUAAAUAGGUUUCGGACCUUCGUAUCGCUGAACUGCCGGUGCAUGUUUGAGUGCCCUGCCGUCUACAGAAGGGCCCUAUGGAC